AUGGACGUGUUCGCAGAGGGCAUCGAGGGGCUCCUCAUGAAGGUGGGGGUCUUCGCUCUCAUCCAGGUCCUCGUCUACCUAAUCCUCUCCGCUUCCUCCGGCAUCUUCUCCGUGGAGAAGUCCAGGAACAGGCUGCGCAACAGCUUCCGCGCCCCCCGCUCCGCCAGCAUCCGCCGCAUUGUGGGGCUGCUCUCCGGGGAGCCGUCGGAGUACGAGCCCUCCCCCGCCUCGCCCCCAGCCCCCAUGCCGGCGAUCCCCGAAGAUGACUCGUAG